AUGGUGUGCCAACAGGCGGGGGGGAGGGAGAGGAUGAGGGUUGUGCUUUGCCAGAAGGAAGCUCAGCCACAGCAGCAGCAGCAGCACCGGUGCCUCCGGACCUCCCCUCGGCCCUGGAGGCAGCCCUGUGAUGAUGCCAUGAGGGGGAGCAACCGUGGCUGCCCUCGGUUGCUGGGGCGGAGAGGCAGCCCUGGGAUCGAGGCCCAGGCCGUGGGAGUGAAUGCCAUCUUCCUCAUGUCACGCAAGCCGCAGGCCUCAGGCACAGUCCUGCCGCCCCUCAGCACCCUGGUCGGGCCCAGGAAAGUGGCGCCAACUGCUGAAGAGGAGCAGGGGGAGGAAGCGGAUGCAGGCUCCAGCUCUCGCACGGCUUUGGCUAAAUCCUUGGAAACUGCAGAAGCCCUGCUGCGCUACUGCAUUCACCCCAGCUGGAGGCGCCUGCUGCCGCUGCGUCCCAGCGAAGGUCCAGAGGACAGUGAGGAGGAGGGGGGCGAGGCGGGGGGCCUGGCCCACCUGGCCCAGGUGGAACGCAGCUUCCUGGGGCUCAGCCGCAGCCUGUGCGUGCGAGAGGAUCUGUGCACCGAGACUUUCCAGGGCCACGUGCGGCCAGAGGCGGCCCAGGCCCCCUUCUCGUACCACGCCACGCGGAGCAGAGCCGCCCACCAGUGUGCCACCCUGCAUGCCCUGCUGCAGCAGCGCCACCACUUGCGCCUGGCCCGCCACUACAGCCAGCGACUCAAGGCUGCCUCGGACUUUGUGCACCGCCUGGGGGUCACGGAGCCCUCUCUGCUGCUGCCCGGCGGUGGGCAGGAAGCCGACUGGGGGCGUUUGGUGCGGGGGCUGUGUGAGGACCUGCGCACCCACACCGCUCACUGGGACGCGCUGCAGCGGCACAUGCGCACUGAUCCUUGGCUGUGGCCCCUGCUGCUCCAGAGGCACGAGGUGGUGCUGCGCAUGAAGCAAGCCUUCUCCUCGCUGGCUCUGCAGGCCCUCUGCUCCUUGGAGCGCUGCCUUGAGGCCCUGCUGCACCGCCUGGCCCAUGCUCCCCGCCUGCCCCCCCCGGCACCCCUCUUCGACUUCUUCCAGGGGCUGGAGAUUUACAACCAGGUGGUGAGAGACCAGCCGUGGCAGCGGUUCUCCGUGGCUGUGUGGGUGGAGCCAGGGUCCAGUUCAGAUCUGCGAAUAGAGCCAGGGGGAGCCUCCGCCUUUCCCGUGGAGAGGGUGCUGGGCAUUUUGGCAGCAGGGAGAGGCCAGCAGGCGGCCUGCAAGCUCCGCCGACUCCUCCUCAGGCUGCAGGCACGGGCCAGAAGUGGGGAUGCAACACCGUGGGAGGGGGCUGCUGAGCCCUGGCUCCUGGAGGCGGCCCCACAGGCCGGCGAGGGAGCCCCCAGCCUGUCUGCAGAGUUGCAGGCCCUGUGCCGCGCGGAAGAAGAGGACUUGCUCCAGAUCCUGGGGGAGCUGGUGGCCUCCACGGGCAGCCUCUGGCAUCACCUCCUCAGUCGGCCCAAGCAGGAGAGGCCCCCCGAGGGCCUGGAGGCCUCCUGUGGGCCCGAGGGGUCCGGCUCCGCUCCCCUGCCUGCUUGGAAGGCCGUGCGCUGGCUGGACGCGUCCUACUCGGAGGCAGCCAGGGGGCUGUACGCGCAAUGCCGCCCGCUCGUUUGGAGCGCCACUGCCGAUGCCCUGGCUCACCAGCUGGAGCUCCAUUCACCCCUGGCGCAGGUCCAGGCAAGGACGGCAGCCACGCUGGGCCAGCAACUCGGCCACGCCCCAUUCCACGCCUGCGUUCCCCAAGAGAGCGAAGAAGAGCUGAGGGGCUUGUGGCUACGGCUGCUGCUACGUGGGGUCCUGCAGCACUGGGACCAAGAUUUCUGCCGUGCGUUGGGCUCCAGCCUCACCGACAAAUGUGUGGCCGUGCAACCCAAGCAGCCCACGGAGGCUGCCUGCAGCCACACGGCUCACCUCCUGCAGAGCCUCUUCCAGCCCCUGGCCUUCUCCUUGCGGUGCCUGGCUUCCUGGUCCCCUCUCUCCCUUGCAGCCGACCGCCUCCUUGGGCCUGCAGGCUGCCGCUCGGUCCUGCUGUCCCUCUCCGUGGCCGCCAGCCAGGCCUCAGCCUACUGGGUCCUGGACAGAGCCUCCCAGUACUUGGCUUCUGGCUCCCUCGGCCAGUUCUUGCUUGUCACCCAAGGAGACCUGCAGCGGCUGAAGGCAGAGGCAAGCAGGAUGGCAGCUGUGGCCAGCGCAGCCGCUUCCAGCGAGGGAUGGGAGCCCAGUCCCCUUGUCUCUUGGCAGGAGCAGGAGCUGAGCCAGCAGGUCCAGUCCGGGGCGGCCAGCCUCCAGGAUUUUGCAAAGGACUCCCUGCGGCUGUUCUCCUCGGAGUGCAAGCGCAUGUCAGCGGAGAUUUUUGGGCAAACCAUGCCCCUGCACAAGUACUGGCGCCUCUCCCGCCAAACAGACGUGCCUUCCUCCCCCAGCGAGUACGCCUCUGCUGCAACCGAGGCUGUCCUGGGCCAAGUCCUGCGGGGCAUCCAGCCGCUGCCCCGCGAGGCCCAGGAGCCGGCGCUCAGCCAGGUCACCACGGCCUUCUUGGAAGCCUGGCUGGACCACAUCCUGGCCCAGAAGAUCAAAUUCAGCCUGCAGGGCGCCCUUCAGCUGAAGCAGGACUUUGAGCUGGUUAGGGAGCAGCUGCGGUCCGAAGAGGCCGGGCUCUCCCCGGCGAGCAGGCAGCGGCUGCUCUCCCUCCGUGUCUUCCAGCAGGCAGACAACGCCGUCGCCUGCCUCCUGCAGCAGCCCAGCAGGGCCUCCCUGCCCUGCCAGACCUGGGCUGCCCUCCACCAGUGCUGCUCCUACAAUGGCAUCCACACGCAUGACAGUGGCCCAGGCAGCCUCAACAGCCUGGAGGGCCUGGAGGGCCUGCCUGCCCUCGCCGGGGCUGCUGGGGAGAGCCAGCCGGGGGACCUGCUUGGCCGCGGGCAAGGAGGCGGCUGCAGCCCUGAGACCUACCUCAGCCCCCCCCAGCAGGAGUGGCUGGCGCUGCGGCUGCAUGGGGGCCGCCGCUGGAAAGUACCUGCCCUGCCCUGCAUGUGCAGAGCUGCAGAUCCCUGACGAAAGG